CAAAUAUCAAGUAACAAAUAAUAUGUAACAAAAGAGCGUGUACACUACAGGAUAAAACCAUUGAAGCGUAAAGACAAUCCAAUUACCUUCGUGAAGGACAUUUCCUGUUAUGUGUGAAUAAAUCCACUACAUUCAGGACAUUUUAAAUACCUUUUAUUGAGGCACUGGUAUGAAUAACUCGUUCUCCUGGAAAUAUAAUUAUUCUAAUUGUUUUUGAUUCAUUCGGAGAUAUAUUAACGCGUUUCUUUGAUUAUUUCAUUAUAGAUUUAAAAUGGAAAAGUUUAGAAGUAAUCAGUAUGUAAUUCUUGUGUGUUUGAUGGCUAUCUCAUAUACAACCACGACUAGACCCUUGGAUCAGGAUGUUAGUGAGCGAAAGGUCCUUUCUCUCGUCAGCAGAAGCCUCUCCCCCAGUGUGGAUCUUAAUCAAAUCAACGAUUCUUUUUCUAAUGUAUCGAAUACAAAUGGCUCUUAUCUACCGCCUUCUUGGGAUGAAUUCUGCACUCUACAAGGAGAGGAGGCCAACAGCACCUAUAAUCCUUAUUACUGUUUUAUCGAUGGCACUUCCUCUGGUAAAUGGAAUUUUUCAGUACUACGAAAACACAUUUCAUCAAAAAAUGUUAAAUACAGCUUUGACGUGCAAUGUCAAAAGGGUGCUAAAAUUUCUCUCCCUUUGGCUGCAAAAGGAAAAAAUAUUAUCAAACUCCAUGUGCGUGACUGUAUGGCAGAUGAUUACUAUGCAGACUUUCAAAAUCCCGAAUUGAAUAGUUUUCCUGACGAAUUGGAGGAAUAUAUAAUGAUAAAUGUGAUUCGUUUAAUAGGAGUUAAAUCUAUGUUUGAGAAUCUACAAAGAAAGUCUGCAAAUUUACCGAAGAACGUUGUAUGUGGGGACGAAGAAACCCUGAAAGUGAAAAUAGAACGCAACGAAACUUUUUCAUUUAUCAAUGAUCUGGAUAACCCAGAAAGAGCUAUGGAAAUGUUUCGCACAAUCGGUACUCGAAAUAUAAUUGAUAAAAGGAUGUCGCCGCACAAAUGUUUCUACAAAAAGCUAUAUUUACUUGAUGUAUCUAUCACAACACAGAAAGAUAGAUACUAUGUUGCAACCUUAACAGAGCAGAAUCAAUUUCCAGAACUGAAAAUUCUUAACAUAUCUCACUCUACUAUUUAUUAUAUACCUCAACAAUUCAAAAAUUGGUGGAUUUAUUUCGAGAAGUUGGAGUACCUGGAUAUGUCAUACAACUUGAUUCAAGAUUUUAUAUUCCCGAUAAAUUAUGAAGGGAUAUGGGGAAGUCCUAUACCUACCCUGACAUUCGAUCUCACAUUCAACAACAUCAGCCGCAUUUCUGUCCGUAACUUUGAAAGAAUCAUUCAGAAUAAGAAAUUCUUUAUCAAAAUGGCUCACAAUCCGUUUAAUUGUACUUGUACAGAUGAGAUGAAGGCGGUAUUGAAAUAUAUUCAGGAAACGGACUGGACUUCUCCAAAGUACCAACGAUAUCAGUACCUCAGGGAUCUUGAAUGUCAGUACCCUGGCUAUGUUAAGGGUCGGCGUCUGAGAGAUCUUACACUACGGGAUAUCAACUGUAAAUUCGAACUGAUGCCAAUCAUUGUAGUUUUGAGCAUCUUUUCAUUUUUCCUCAUCAUUUUCAUCGUUGUUAUGCUAAAAUAUAGAAGAGAAAUACGAAUUUUGUUUUUCACUCGAUUUAAUGUCAUUCUUCCUUGUCAGCCGAGUGAAAUGUUCGAGGAAAAAGAAUUUGAUGCAUUUGUGUCCUAUAAUAAUGAUGACCAGGAAUGGGUCUGCAACACAUUUGAUGAUAACAAACACGAACGACUUGCACAUUUAAAAUUUUGUAUGCAUCAUAAAGAUUUUGUCCCAGGAAAAACGAUAUUUGAAAACAUCAUCAGAUGUGUCGAAAAUAGUCGCCACACUGUUAUUGUUCUCUCACGGAAUUUCCUUGACAGCCAUUUUUGCAUGUGGGAAUUUCAAGAAGCUUUUCAGCAGAGCAUUGUAGAACGAAAGCGACAUCUUAUCAUUAUUCUUUUGGAAGACAUUCCAGAUAAGGAUCUACCAAAUGAUCUGAAAAGAUGCAUGAAAACAUUCACUUACAUACGAAAAGAUGACAAAAUCUUCAUAGACAAAUUACUGUAUUCUUUGUCAUAUAAGGGAAAAACUUUAAUUCCUCCAAAACCUGCGCAGUUGAAUGAAGGAUACGACGAUUUUGGUGCACCAGGACAUAAGAAUGAGGACAAAGUAGAACCGAACAAUGUCCGAAACAAUAUGAUUCACGAUAUAAACAAUCAAAUUUAUAACAUAUUGUAACGAUAAUCAAUUAAUUGAUGGUGAAGGCUUUUAUAGUCAGUCUUCUGUCCUAUUCUAUUAUGCUAUACAUGAUAAAAUAUAUGUUUAAAUUUAGUCAAUUGAUAGGCAAGAGUUGAUAACCAUAUCAUGUAAUGAUGUGACCUUCAUUUUAGUUUUAAUAGGUGAUAUCAUAUCAUAGGUAAAGGUAUAUAUUCCAGUUUAUGUAACGUUUCUAAAAUUAAUUAUUGUAUAUGUUAUAAACAUGGUAGCCGAACGUACAUAUACAUUUCCAGUUUAUGUAACGUUUUUAAAAUUAAUUAUUGUAUAUGUUAUAAACAUGGUAGCCGAACGUACAUAUAUAUUUCCAGUUUAUGUAACGUUUCUUAAAUUAAUUAUUGUAUAUGUUAUAAACAUGGUAGCCGAACGUACAUAUACAUUUCCAGUUUAUGUAACGUUUCUAAAAUUAAUUAUUGUAUAUGUUAUAAACAUGGUAGCCGAACCUACAUAAAUAUUUCCAGUUUAUGUAACGUUUCUAAAAUUAAUUAUUGUAUAUAUUAUAAACAUGGUAGCCGAACCUACAUAUAUAUUUCCAGUUUAUGUGAUUAAAGCUGAAGUUGAUUUAUGUACCUUGAAGUUGUUUUUCCCCCACUUGUAUAGAGACGUCACCGAUAAAUAUUCAUAUUCACUUGUUUUCUCUCCAGAGAUGGGGGUAAAGUUUCCAAACAUCCAACCAAACUUAGAAAGCAAGAGGCAAAAGUUACUGUUUGCAGUGGAUUAAAAACUUUUGUUUGGUUAUUUUUACAAUGGUAUUUUUUAAUAUUACAGUUACAGUAAUUUGGAGAAACGUAUACAGAAGUUUGGACAACAAAUGCCUGGUCAGAUAUACACACUCUUAUAUUAUAUUAAGCUGGUAUGGCAGUCAUUACAAAUAGAAUACAGCUGUAGUUAAAUCUAUCUGUGUGCAGUUUACGUCUUCUAGUCAAUCUAUGUGGAUUUGAUUCAAUGUAGUAUUUUUCUGUUACUUCAUUUUAGAAUGUUAUGUAAAUGUAAAUAGGUUAUAACUCUUGAUUUUCUCGGUCUGCCUUUUUUACAUGUUGGGGUUUCCAUAUCUGCUUAAUUACUGACAACUCAAUGUUUAUUUGGUUUCCAAAGUAAUGAUGAAUGGCAGUCAUGACUUUGAAUUCAGAAUAGUUUAGUUUUACUUAAUUAUUAUUUCGGCUGCAACAACAAUGCUUGCUACAUUGUACACAUCUAGUGUUUUAAAGGGCACAUAUCGUGUUUUCAAUGUAUACAAAGCCUAGUUAAUUAGAUAGGUAGUCACGUGGUACAGUGACGUCAUAUGGGACCUUCGUCGAUCAACUUGUUGUAAAAGUAGUGUUAGAUAUUUUUAAAACCUCGGGUUUUAGGGACCUAAUUUAUUUACCAUGGAUAACAUUUAUUUCGAUGUUGACAAAUUUCCCGAGUCUUAUAUCUUUUAGCCACCAUUGCAUACAAAUAGCGACCCAAAUGUAGCGAGGAAAGCGAGUAUGAAAUCUGCGAGUAAAUAAUGUUUACAUGGGAUCACUGUCUAAACACUAUAUGGUAAUGUCAUUUCUGUAAACAACUGUAAUUAGCGUUGUUGCUUUUUGAAAAUAAACAGUGCAAUUAUUAUUAAAUUUAUUUUUGGAGAAGUUAGAUAGACCUAAAUUAUGAUACGAUUAUGUAUCAUUGACAACUAGGCCUACUGUCACGGGUGCAUUUCGAAAAAAAAAUAAUAAAAAUGAUCAAACUUAUGAUGAAAAUCCCAAUACUUUUAAAUUAUUUUAUUCAAGCAAUUUUAUUAAUCAUUAUUUUUUUGUUAUCUACACGUUGUUACCUAGGAAGUGGGAGCGCGGCGUGCUGUUGUUGUAAAGACGUACACGCGUUCCUUAAAAAAAAAUGAAAGCAUUAUAAUUCAAUUCAAAAUUGGGAAAUAUCAUAUUUUAUUAUUUAUAAUUGAAAGUUCAAUUAUCUUUUAUCUUCAAAUUUCUUUUUUAAAACUACCAGUUGGUAGACACUGCUAGCGAACGCGACGUUCUGCCUAUAUGUUGUUACAAGGUGAAGGUCAGUUGGUGAGAGUGUGUAUUGAAUUUGAGAGCAGAACGGAAAGCAUAAGCCGUAGGCCUAUAUGUAACAGUGGGUAGCUUCGAUAGAACUAUUUUCUCGCAGUUUAUCUACGUCUUUGUUUAAAAAAGUACAGGGACACAUUCUACUGGGGGUUUUUAUGGCAAAGUCGUUGUGCCGACAAAAAAUAUUCACGUCUUGUCCCUCAUACCUUCCUUCGAAAAUUGAAAAAAAAAAAAAAAAAAAGUCCAAAACCUCUCUACUGACAGCAAAUACACCCUUAAACGGCACAAAACACCCUAAUGCAGUGUUAUUUACAAGCCGUUAAUGUGAUAAUUGUUUGUUUGUCAAUUAAAUCUAAUCUGUUUAUGAAAUGGCUAACAACUGUUUUCAAAUCUUCUCGCUCGAGGUCGCAUAUGACGUCACAGAUAAUGGCGCGUAAAAUAUCGAAGAAAAUAUGCAUAUCGCAAGAUUUGAAUUUCAUCGCUUUCAAACUCGAAAACUACGCAAACUGUUUCAUUUAAAACACAUGUAAAGUAGUUUUAGGCAUGAAUUGAAUUAAUUUUGCUGAAAAAAUUAAAAAGUUUAAAAACAUGCGAUGUGUCCUUUAAAGAAAACAUCAUCUCAAGCAUGCAGUUCAAUGUUGUAAACUUCUCAGUCAUUCUUUUUUGCCAUUAAGACCGUUAAAAAUUAUAUAUCAAUCCAGGAGGUUUUAUUUUUUGAUUUGGGAGUGUUUUGAUUUUUUCAAUGUAGCUAUGUUUCUUGUCAUCUAUCUUGAUCCGACCUUUCAUCUAGUUUUCUAUAAGAAAAUUUAUCAUUUGAAGAAGUCAAUAUUACAAGACAAAUGGAAAGGUGAUGAUAACAAACAGUGAUCAAUCUCAGAACUACUAUAAAGAAUACAAAAUUAAGAGUAGGGCAAACACUAGCUGCAAUAAUGUAGCCCUAUCCAAUUUUUUUUUAUUCUGACGUUUUCGGAAUAGGGCUACAAUUCCAUAGGAUCUCCGUAAUGGUGCAAAAUAAUUUUAUGAAUAACCGAUAAUGAACUCUGUGUAUUAGUCCCAAAUGUUGUUUACACCAAAAGGAGUACCAACUUUGUGCUCGGGCAUGUCUAAUAAAGGUGUUUUUCAUUAAUUAUAAUGUACAGCAUGCAAAAUUCUUCGUCUGCUCCGCCAUGCUUGUUAUCGCGAGAUCUCGUAGGUGGAUCUAAUGAAAAACCUAAACAUUGACAAUCAGCGCGAAAAUGUAGUUACUCGAGCCACUUCGACAAAGAAAGGAAAAUCAUAUUGUUGCAGAAAGAAUUUACACUCUGCUGUUCGGUUUUUAACUUGAUAUUAAAUUCAAACCUUUUCAAUACCGAAGAAAUAGCUUUCGCCUCCAUACUUGUCCAUUGAUGUAAAUACUACCUUAUAUGGCAUAUGCAAAUGACUUGACAACCGGAAGUUGAAACUUCAGUACAUCAAACAUGGCGCACAAAUAUGAAUCGAGAAAUUGGAAUUUAUCGAAAUUGUUGAAAACGGUAGAAUAGAGCCUCACAAAUCUAAAGUUGCAGGUUGUAAAUUUAUAUAUUGACUAAGAAACAUAGAAUAUCAUUUUAUUUACGUAAAGAAAGUCAGGAAAUGUUUAGAAUGAGCGCAAAUGUUGCGGGAGUGAAUCACUCCCGCAUUUGCACCAUUACGGAGAUCCUAAGGAGUUGUAGCCCUCUCCCUAAAAAAAAAAAAAAAAAAAAAAAAAAUCAGAGAGGGC